UUGAUGCGGAGAUGAAGUCCUCGGUGACCAUCGGACAGUAGUCAGCCCGACACGCUACUUUUGCUCCCACAACUUUUACUCUCCGCUGCUCAUCCAGCUUGCUGACACAUCCGGAGAAAAGAUUAGACAUUUUGCUCUAGUUUCAGUCUUUUUUUGCCUUUUUAUCUGGGCCAGACUAGACGUAUCGCGCGGUAUCCCCACCACCUUUCGUGGAUUUCCCAACCCGCAGCCCAAAUACUGUGGUGGAAAAAACAUACUUUGGUGGAUUGUUUCCAGAACAUGACUACAACAUGUGGAAGAAGGUACGAAGCGACUGAUAAACACGAGUAUUUCUGCCCCUAACACAGAUGCAGUGAGUGUACCCUGGUUGCGGUUCAGCCUGCUCGGUCAUCGUGAAAUUUGGAAGAAGUCGUGUGGAGCACAAAGAGCUUUUUAAAGCCGAUGACACAACAAGUUUGGACCAUGCACCCCCUGUGCUGACAGACGACUGAGCUGCCACACUGACGCUUAUUUCUGACUGUUGUUUUCCCCACAACACAAAGUUGGACAAUCCACAGAAGUUUUCAGGCAGUCCAUUUGCUAUUUGCAGAGCUGUACACGGGGGGAAAAACGUGCUUUAACUCACAUUAUACUGAAACCGCUCUUAGCCAAAGUGUAUCUUCACUGCAGUGUUUUGACCACCGUGUGAGAGGCUCCCUGAACUGAGGUCCACUUUAAAUGCGGACCGGUUUGCGGUCGGUGAGAGCACCGCCGAGCUGCCAGUGCCGCUUGAUUUUUAAUCCAAGGCAAAACAGAAAUCGCUUAUUGUUUUCCUACUUGGUACCAACACUAUGGAGCUGACAUACACGAGAAUUGUCCUGCUGGGGUGCAUCUUCCUGGAAUGGUUUCUCCUGGCUUCUGCAGAGGAAGAGGUCCUGAUGAACACUAAGACGGAGACUUCUGAUCUCAAAUGGACGGUCUUCUCACAUGCCAAACCCGAGUGGGAGGAAGUCAGUGGUUUGGAUGAGGAGAACAACAGCGUGAGGACCUAUCAGAUCUGUCAGACUGACAGCGCCUCCAGCCACUGGCUGCGCAGCGGCUUUAUCCAGCGGCGAGGAGCGUCUCAGGUUUACGUGGAGCUGCGCUUCACCGUGAUGGAGUGUUCGUCCAGGAGCACCCACCACCGCAGCUGCAAGGAGACCUUCAACCUGUACUACUACCAGGCCGACUCCGACGAGGCCACGUCCACUAACCCGCCCUGGAUGGAGAACCCAUACACCAAGGUGGACACAGUGGCUGCAGACUUUCUACGGAGGAAGGGCGGGGAGCGGAAAUUCAAUGUGAAGACCUUACGGCUCGGCCCUCUAUCUAAGAGAGGCUUCUACUUGGCCUUUCAGGCUCAGGGCGCCUGCAUGGCCCUGCUGUCCGUCAGAGUCUUCUUCAAGAAGUGUCCCCCCCUGGUCAGUGCUCUUUCCUCCUUCCCCGAGACGGUCCCCCGCACACUGGUGCAGGAGGCGCAGGGUGUGUGUGUGCAGCACGCCGCCCAGCAGGGACCUCGACCUCGGCCACCUAAGCUCUUCUGCGGGGAAGACGGUCAGUGGGUGGGCCAGCCAACUACUUCCUGUGCCUGCAUGCCAGGAUAUGAACCCUUUGAAGGACAAACAAGAUGCACAGCCUGUCCUCCAGCUCAGUUCAAGUCAUCCUCGGAGGGCCAGUGCACAAGCUGUCCAGGAUUCAGCCAAGCCAUCAUGGCAGGGGCGUCCGUGUGUGCGUGUCAAUCUGGAUACUUGCGUGCCGAGUCGGACACGCCUGACAUGCCGUGCACAAGACCUCCCUCUGCUCCACGCACCGUCCUCUGCAAGAUCAAUGACACCACGCUCAGCCUGGAGUGGAACGAGCCUCUGGACAACGGCGGCAGAACAGACCUGAGCUACGCCGUCAGGUGCUCUGUAUGCAGGUCCCCCAAGGGGCCGUGCCUCUCCUGUGGAGACAGCGUCAGCUACCGGCCUGAGCAGCAAGGCCUGCUGGGUCGCAGGGUAGAGGUGUGGGGCCUGCUGCCUCAAACCACGUACUCCUUUACAGUGCAGUCUCUGAACGGGGUGUCUCAUGUCAGCGGCAAAGACCCUGCCAGUGGAAGUGUCAACAUCACCACCAGCCACAACGUGCCGUCGCUGGUGUCUGUGAUUCGGAAGAGCGACUCCACAGAGAGCAGCCUGACUCUGCACUGGUCAGUGUCCGCUCAGCCUCACUACACCAUCCUGCAGUAUCAGAUCCGCUACUGUGAGAAGGAGCGACGUAGUGAAGAUCAGUGCCACUACACAGAGAGUAACAAGAACCAGGCGGUGCUGACGGACCUCCGCAGGGCGACCCAGUACGAGGUUCAGGUUCGGGCGCGCACCAUGGGCGGGUAUGGCAGCUUCAGUCCUGCUGCCUUAUUCCGCACGCUGCCUGAUAGUCACGACUCUGCCGCCCAGUUCCUAGUACCUGGCAUCCUUAUCGCGGUCGGGAUGUUACUGCUUGUCACCUUCGUCUUAGUGGCCGCCUACUGCAUACGCAGACACAGUCGAGUCAAGGAUCCAGAGCUGAGCGACAAAAACAGCCAGUACCUCAUCGGCCAAGGGGUCAAGGUUUAUAUCGACCCCUUCACCUACGAGGACCCUAAUGAGGCGGUCCGAGAAUUUGCCAAAGAGAUUGAUGUUUCCUUUGUCAAGAUCGAGGAGGUUAUCGGUGCCGGAGAGUUUGGAGAGGUGUGUCGAGGGCGGCUGAAGGUCCCGGGGAAAAAAGAAAACUACGUAGCCAUUAAAACACUAAAAGGAGGCUACACUGACAAGCAGAGACGGGACUUCCUGUCUGAAGCGUCCAUCAUGGGUCAGUUCCAGCACCCCAACAUCAUCCACUUGGAGGGGAUCAUCACGGCGAGCUGCCCCGUCAUGAUCCUCACAGAGUUUAUGGAGAACGGAGCUCUGGACUCUUUUCUGCGGCUGAACGACAGCCAGUUCACUCCCAUCCAGCUGGUGGGAAUGCUGCGCGGCAUCGCCUCCGGCAUGAAGUACCUGGCAGAGAUGAGUUACGUCCACCGGGACCUGGCUGCCCGCAACAUCCUGAUCAACAGCAACCUGGUGUGCAAGGUGUCUGACUUCGGCUUGUCACGCUUCCUGCAGGAGAACUCUUCCGACCCGACCUACACCAGCUCUCUGGGAGGAAAGAUCCCCAUCCGCUGGACAGCACCCGAGGCCAUCGCCUUCAGAAAGUUUACCUCGGCCUCAGAUGUGUGGAGCUAUGGCAUCGUCAUGUGGGAGGUCAUGUCCUUUGGAGAAAGGCCAUACUGGGACAUGAGCAACCAGGAUGUCAUCAACGCCAUAGAGCAGGACUACCGGCUGCCUCCGCCCCCUGACUGCCCCACCCACCUGCACCAGCUGAUGCUUGACUGCUGGCAGAAAGACCGCUCGGCGCGCCCUCGCUUCGCGGACCUCGUCAGUGCUCUGGACAAACUGAUCCGCAACCCGGCAUCGCUGAAAAUAGUGGCUCAAGAAGGAGCAGGGCUGUCCUACCCCCUGCUGGACCAGCGUGCACCUUUAGCCCUCUCGUCCUGUGCUUCCGUGGGGGAAUGGCUGAGGGCCAUCAAGAUGGAGCGCUACGAAGACAGCUUCCUGCAGGCCGGCUUCAACACGGUGGACCAGUUGGCCCAGAUCAGCACAGAGGAUCUGCUGCACAUGGGAGUGACUUUGGCAGGACACCAGAGGAAAAUCCUUUCCAGCAUCCAGACAAUGACCUUUCGGAACAAGAGCACUGCAACCGUGACCUUCUAGCUCACCUGUUGUCUAACCUGGACUCCUGCCCACAGGUGCUGCCAUGUACCGAGAGCUCUGAUCCCACUCUGAACACGGACUCAAAGGGCAAUUGGCAGAAACAUAUAAUGACCAGGAAAAAACAACUAAAGGAGACUUUCCGAUCGGGAUGAGAGAGUCGGACACAGAGACGUUUGGACUGUUGACGUCCUGCAGACUUGACUUUUUACAUUUUGUGGUCUGUGUUUUUAUAUCUACCUGAAGUAAAGGACCCCAUAAACGUGCUGCACCAAGAGGAGAGAAUGAUCAGAACUGACAAAGUUUCUGUAGUAUCAUGUCAUUUUGCAAACUGACUGGUUUGAAAAAACUUCACCAAAGGAGACAAAAGAAAAAAGCGACUCCAAGGAUUUUUCGUUUCCAUAGUGUUGUGUAAUCAUGAAUGAGAACUGCUGUCACCCUGGGUGUCUUGCCAUUUAAUCCAUCUGGAUUACGUUAUCAAGAACAUUUUAACUGUUGGAUUGUACUUCUCUGUUUCUCUUUGAUUUCAACAUUACCUCCUCUUUACUCAGGUGUGAUGUGUAAUGCAAACUUCGGAGAGCGCUGUACUCGUCUUAAUCAGACGUCUUUCUUCUUCACCGGGCAGAGAGACUCAUCAGCACUUUUUGUCAUUUCAGAGUGAAUCUGUAACUCUGUGUGUUGUACUUGGAGUGUGGUUGAUUAUAUUUACUGCCUGUGUGUCUGAACACGGACCAACUCAGAGACCAGGGAACACUGUAGAGCUGGUUUCCUCUGAGACACUCACCAUGGGAGCUGUCUGGCUUAAAACGUGUUUUUCUUGAUAUAACUGAUGCAUCUUUAAUCCUCCUCUUCUGUAUUCCCCAUCUACCAGUGCCAUUCAGUCGUCUUUGUGGACUUAAAUGCCAAUUUUUAUAAAGCAGUCAUCUCUCAUGAGUGAUUCUUGUCUCAUUAAAAUGUACCUCAAAGGGUAACUUUGACAUUUUGAAGUUCAGUGUUUUAUUUGCCAUUAUGCUGGUUGUGUAGUGCGCAAAUGUUCCUGCCUUUGACUCCAAGCUACACAAAAUAUGUUUCUUAAAAUGUUGCAACAAAAAAAAGCACAACUACCAGCUAAGCUAACAUGCUAGCUGGCAGCCUCCGGUAUCCAUUGGUUUCGGAGGGGAAUGCUAACACCACUGCUGUUUGAUUAGCACAGCCCCCCCACAUUUUAAAUGAAGUGUCUUAUUUUCUUUCAUUAGAGGCUGGUUGUGUGGUCAGCAAACAUUGUUAAGCAUUUAGCAUAAAGCACAUUACACAGCUAACAUGCCAUCUUGCAGCCAGACGUUUCCAUUGGUUUCAAGGUGGAAUGCUAAUCAUAUUGCUGAGCUCGACUCAAUACAACAAUAUGUUGAAGGGGAAUAACAUACAGGAGUUCAAAAUGUCAAAGUGUUGCUCAGACUUUGCAUCUCUCCGAGGAUAAUACCAGUCUUUUGACAUUAAGGUCUUGCACAAUGUUCUGCACUAAAUCACGAACAUGUGGUUUUAACAGUUUAAUACAAAAUGCUAUGAUUGCUUUAACCUUGUUGCCAUAGGGCACUUUUAUAAAAUAGGAUCCUUCAUGAUUUGGUCAUUUUAAGUGAGGGCAAUUUGGGUUUUUCUUCUUCAUUUGACUUUGUAUUUCCAUCAUAAUUACCUAGGGUUUCAGGAGGUUUAAUGGGCAAUUUACACACAUUUAAAAAUCCAUUCAAAUCUGAUGUUUAACUUAAAUUAAAGUCUGGUAAAUACACACCAAAUGAAGUGUAAAAGGCCACAUGCUGAGGUUUGUGUUAUAACUUCAAAAUGUCCAAUGUGUUUAAUGAGCCUUGAUAAGAAAAACUGGUAUUGUCACGCAAGAGUUUGAGAGAAUCCUUUUUGGAUUAUGGGAAAUGUGAUCUUCAUAUUGAAGAUCUCAAUAAAACCAACUUUGUAAUAAUGAAUAGAUAAAAGUAUGUUUUGAUUACUGUCCUGUGUGUAGGCUAAUCUGUAUUCAGUAUUCAUAAUAAAGAUACACACCAGUGUUUACCAUCCA